AUGGAGGUGCUCUUAGCAGCUAGCUGCCUUCUCCUAGUUACCACUUUGACGGCAGGACAGGGAAGCGAGCAUCAUCGUCCCCUGUGGAUACUAGAGGAUGGCCUGGCCAAAAGGCAGCGGCAGGAGAGGCCCGAGGAGGACUAUGCCACCACCACCAGGCAACCUUUGAUGAGGAGGCAGACCAGAGGAGGAGGAAACCAAGAACCAAAACCCAUCACCUUUCUAGUGAGACACGAGGAGGAGGAAGAUGAUGAACCAGAGCCGCCACCGGUGGCUCGCAGGCUUAUGCCCUCGCUGCCCCAGCGACGCUUCAUGAUGCCCCACCGUCUGCAGUUGCCCCACCAGUAUGUGCAAUCCAACCACCACCACAGGAUCAGGAGCAAAGCCAGGAGCAGCAGUGGCAGCCAACACCGCCGGACAGGAGGUCGUCACCUGCCCGUCUUUGAUAAUGCUCCCGGCGAGAAUUCCCUAAAAACUGGGCAUGACAACUACCCCAUCUUUGUGUACAAUGGCACCCGAGGUGAGCUCAUCCUGAACACUAUGCUGAGCAGAAGGCGAUAUCCGAUGCAGGAGCCAGUGCCGGGACAGGUACUCUAUCCCCCCUCGACGCCCAUGUUCCGGCCGAAGCCCAUUGUGGAGCGUUUCCGGUUGCCAGGACAGCGGGAGAUGCUCAAUCUCACGCUGAUACCCUUCUAUGCCCACGAGGCUAUCGCCAAGCCAAGCGGAGGAGUGGCUACCCAAGCACCCAGCACCACCCAAGCCACGCCCACGUUACCGCCUCUGCAGCCUUAUGAAACCCAACUGCCCAGGAGCCAGCAGCGGAAACGGAAGAAGGCCAAGCAGUACGAGGCCUUCCACUCGCCGCAGGAGGUGAUGCAGUGGCAGACGGUGCUGAGGCGGCAUGCCCACGAGCAGCAGCAGCAGGAUCGUGACAACCACAGGCAUUACUCGAGCGAGGAGAGGCCGAGCCACCAGGAACAAGGUCAUGAGGAAAUCUUGAUGGAUGAGGGAGAGCAUCAGGAGGAGGAGGAGGAGCAGGAUCAGGAGGAGGCAUGGGUCACCACCGAGCAGGAAACAGAAACGGAGGUGGAACUGCCGCCGGAACCGGAGGCGGAGAUCUCCACCACCCCCAGCAGUGGUCCCUUUCAGAUUGUUUACCUGGACGACAGCCUGGAGAGACCGGUGACCAGCAGGAGCAGCUCCACCAUCACCACCACUGACCAGCCCCCCAUGCUCCGGCAGAGCUCCCGCUAUGCCCUCAAGCGGGAGUACUAUGCCUUUCCCGUCUACACUCUGGGGAAACUCCUCCAGCCGCAGGCCAAGAAGCUGCUCCUGGAGAAGAGUGAUCGAACGGAGAGGGGACUGCCCUCGGAGAGGGGACCCAACACCUGGUUCAUCCUCAAUUCGCGCUACAAGGGACCCCACCACCAACGGGCAUCCGGGGGAGCGGAUAACCAGACCAAGUACUACACCUCCAAGUACGUGGAGAGUGGCUUCAGGCCAAGGAGAUAG